AUGUUACUUCAUCCCGGCGCACUUGCCAUUUAUGGCACACUUUUGGUCCUAUUUAUGGAAACACCCUCCCAGUGUUCUGGUGCAAGCUUGUGGAAACGCGCAGAUAUCAACCCUAACGGGGCAAUGGCCACUAUGUUUGAAAAAUUAGGUAGCAUUUGUGAAGGAUUAGGCAAGGAUGAAAUGGGAAAAAUACCACAUGAACAUGUUGCCAAUUAUCUGGGUCUCAAUGUGAAUUCAGAAGAUGAAAAGAAUGCUAUGUAA